UGUUUCCCCAACAUCAGAGGCACAAACCAGAUUCAGAAACAACAAUGUCUAGUCUCAGUUCUAUUAUAAAUGUGAAAACAACAACAUUCUAUAUAUAAUAUUGUUGAAUUGAAACGUUUCAUUCAUCACUCACCUCAAAACUUAUCCAUUUUCUCCAUAAUAUUAAUAACAAUGAAACUGUGUCAACUACUCUGAUUGGUAUGGCUACACGUGUCCCUUUUGUUUCAUCCACCACACUUUUUCCCAACCAAUGCCAUAAAUAUUGCUAUGUGGCAAAGUCACUUCCUUUACCUGUUUCCUCUCCUUCAUUAAGGCUUUCUUCUUCUUCUUCUUUGAUUUCACUUGCAACGUUGAGGAAUUAUAAGGGUCUGAAAAGGGUUGGAAUCAGAACAAGUCUUGUUGUUGCUAUGGCUGCUGAAAAUUCAAAGAGUUCUGUGCUUGUUACUGGUGCUGGUGGUCGCACAGGACAAAUAGUAUAUCAAAAAUUAAAAGAGAGGCCAAACCAAUAUGCGGCUAGAGGUUUCGUUAGAACAGAAGAAAGCAAGCAGAAAAUUGGUGAUGCAGAUGAUGUCUUUAUUGGUGAUAUAAGAGAUACUGAAAGUCUUAUUCCAGCAAUUCAAGGUAUAGAUGCUCUCAUAAUCCUCACAAGUGCAGUACCACUGAUGAAACCAGGGUUUGAUCCAACCCAAGGAAAAAGACCCGAGUUCUAUUUCGACGAGGGUGCAUACCCCGAACAGGUUGAUUGGAUUGGGCAGAAAAAUCAAAUAGAUGCUGCUAAGGCUGCAGGAGUAAAGCAGAUUGUGUUAAUAGGGUCUAUGGGUGGAACAGACCUUAAUCAUCCUUUGAACAGCUUGGGAAAUGGGAAUAUAUUGGUUUGGAAAAGAAAGGCUGAGCAAUAUCUGGCUGAUUCUGGUAUUCCAUAUACGAUUAUAAGAGCUGGUGGCUUGCAAGACAAAGAGGGAGGUAUCCGGGAACUCAUCAUAGGGAAGGAUGACGAGCUUCUACAGACUGAAACCAGAACCAUAACAAGAUCUGAUGUUGCUGAAGUUUGUAUUCAGGCACUAAAUUUCGAGGAGGCUCAAUUUAAGGCAUUUGAUUUGGCAUCAAAACCUGAGGGAGUAGGUUCACCAACAAAGGACUUUAAGGCUUUAUUUUCACAGAUCAUCACACGUUUUUGAUUUUGCAUGUUAUCAUUAUCUUAAAAUCCUUCUUAUUUACAUUUGGAAUUGAAUAAUAAAGCUAUCAGUGCUACUUAAAGAAAAUUUGCAUUGUGUUUUGGUAAUUUAGAAAAGGAUUGUAUCUAAAGCAAUUCAUAGACUUCUCCAGUUCUGCAAUCCUUUCUUGAGAAAAACUCAUGUCUACAUUUAUUAGUUUUCAGUUAAUUGUUUUCAUUUUA